AUGGCGGAGCUAAGGCAUCAAGGCAAAGUUGCUGUUAUAACUGGUGCUACAGAAGGCAUUGGUUAUGCAAUUGCUGAACGUUUAGGGAAAGAAGGCGCUAAAGUGGUUAUAAGUAGCAGGAAGCAAAAAAAUGUCGAUCAAGCUGUUAACAAUUUGCGUAGUCAAGGUAUCGAAGUCUUAGGUCGUAUUUGUCAUGUGGGUAAACGAGAACAUCGAGAAGCCGUCAUUGAAGAUGCGGUAUCAAAUUAUGGUGGCAUUGAUAUCUUGGUUUCUAACGCGGCUGUCAAUCCAAUUUAUGGACGUAUGCUAAAAGUUACUACUGAAGGAGUAUGGGAUAAGAUAUUUGAUGUCAACGUUAAGGCUUCGUUCUUUCUAAUAAAAUCGGCUCUACCUUACAUGAAGAAUCGCAGCGGGGCUUCCAUUACGCUAAUUUCAUCCAUUAGCGGCUACUCACCGGAUAAUCUUUUUGGAGUUUAUUGCGUAAGUAAAACCGCAAUGUUAGGACUUGCCAAGAAUUUAGCCUUAGAAUUGGCUAAAUAUGGUAUAAGAGUUAAUUGCUUGUCUCCUGGAUUGAUUAAAACCCAAUUAAGUAAACAGUGUCUAAGAACGAUAGCAAUACCUAACAUUUCGUUUAUAUUUAGGUAUGGCUUGCCGGAAGAUUGUGGCAAAAUUGUAUCAUUUUUAGCCUCAAAGGAUGCAGCAUUUAUUACAGGCGAAAGUAUUGUAGCUUCUGGUGGUCAAGUGUCGAGGCUGUAG